UUUACUGGUGUGCAGGCUAUUCAAUGGGAAACGAAAGCUAUUACUAUUCUUCCCAUGGCGUCCAGCAGCGUAAAUGACCCUAGUCAAGGGAAUGGCUACCAGGAGGACUUCAGCUGUUCUGAGAGUAACUCUGAGAGUAGUGCUACAGAAGAGGAAUCAGACAGUGAUGCAGCAGGACAACAGCAUGGGCACACUCCAUCUACCUCAGCCCAGUCUCAGAAGGAUCAGGAAGAGCCUUGCAGGUACUACAACAGUGGUCACUGCCGGGAUGGGAAAAGGUGCCACUACCUACACGUCUGCAAAUACGCCCUGAAAGGCAACUGUCGCAAUGGGACCAAGUGUCGCCUCAAGCACCCCAGCUCCUCCUCUGACAGAGAUGGAAGUGGUGGGAAGAGAGAAAGGAGGAGGUCUUCAUCUGGAGGGAGAGGAGGAGGAGGUGGGAGAGAAAGGAGGAGGUCUUCAUCUGGAGGGAGAGGAGGAGGAGGAGGAGGUGGGAGAGAAAGGAGGAGCUCCUCAUCUGGAGGUAGAGGCAGAGGUGGGAGAGAAAGGAGGAGGUCUUCAUCUGGAGGGAGAGGAGGAGGUGGAAGGAGGGACAGGAGGAGGUCUUUAUCUGGAGUGAGAAGAGGAGACGGGGCCAGGGAAAGGUCUUCAUCUAGAGGGACUCAGCUUGACUUUAGCGGGCCCUACAAAUGGCAGUUGGACGAUGGACAUGGCUGGAAGGACAUAGCCAACGAUCACAUCCUGGAGGCACAGUAUUCCCAACCCAACACCAAGGGCAUCAAUAUCUACAACACCCCCUAUGGGGCAGUGAGUAUUGAUUUCAAGGCGAUGAGAGUCCGCGGUAAGAAGAAUCUGAGGUUGAGGCGUUUGGAUGGUCAGCAGACAGAGUGGAUCUGGUUCUACUCUAAUAGCAAAGGCUGGACCAAGUAUGGAGAAAAGGAUCCCAAGGGAAACCCAGGCCCCAUCCAGAGUUCUGCGAUCGAGAAGAAAUUCCAAAGCAACCGUAAUGGUUCUCUCACGUUCAACAUCGGCUCCGAUACCAUCGAGAUCCGAUUCAGACAAAUGAGACAGGUGAGCAGCAAGAGGAAGAGAAAAGUUGUCCGUCGUCCAAAGUACCAACCACCCCAAAGCGGAAAUCUAACUGGUCGAGUGACGUCUGCUUUCCAGACAAUGAAGAUGUCCCCAGCGGGCCAGAGUGGAUCUCCAGAGUGGCAGUUUGAGGGGAAAAGUGGGCGAUGGCACACCUUCAAAGACAGUGUAUGCUCAGUGUCCAGUGCUGACAUUGAAGAACAGAACCAGCAGGACUCCAAUGGAUCCAUGUCCUUCACUGUGAACGGACAGGCCUACAAGCUGGACUUCUCAGCCAUGACGCAAACCAACCUGUCUACAAGGGUGACUCGCAACAUCAGGCGAAAGUAGAAUUGUUGGGUUGCUGUUGUUUUCAUGCAAGAACC